AUGAAGUAUGGAGUUGUGUUAAUGGUGAUUUCGGUGGGAGGGAGAGGAGGUAUUUAUAGGAAGAAGACGAACAUGGAGGAAGAAAAGAAGAGGGAAAUGGGACCUACAGAGAAAGGCAUGAGAGGAGCACACGCCUCUCGAGGAAGCGUCGUUGCUCUUCCAGGAGUUAUAGAUAUUGAUGAAGAUAAAGCUUCUGCUGAUACUGUUAUCCUUGAUGAGAAAGCUGACACAAGGAACAAGGGAAAGGCAGUAGAAAGAGACGAUAAUGAUUUUGGUAUACAUGAAGCUAAGCAAGCUGCUACCAGAACUUUGGUACAAGGAAGCAAGGUUGAAUGUUCCUCAAGCACUAACCCUCGAUGGCAUAACUUUCUUAACCUUGAUUGUGGUUCUUACGGUGAUUACUACAUUAAAUGUAACGAGGAUUUCAUGGAUGUUGAUCAUGCAAGUUUGCAAGUGUUUUUUGAUAGUACAAAUAUUCCUGCUGGAGUUGAGGUUUCUAUCCCACUGCUCCCGGAGUUUGCUGAACAUACAAGAAACACAGAAACUGGGCAUAAUCCAUUGGAUGAAGAGGCUCCAGUGAAGUUAGAACCUGUGUAUACCUAUGAGCUGGGAGUUAUAGAUAUUGAUGAAGAUAAAGCUUCUGCUGAUACUGUUAUCCUUGAUGAGAAAGCUGACACAAGGAACAAGGGAAAGGCAGUAGAAAGAGACGAUAAUGAUUUUGGUAUACAUGAAGCUAAGCAAGCUGCUACCAGAACUUUGGUACAAGGAAGCAAGGUUGAAUGUUCCUCAAGCACUAACCCUCGAUGGCAUAACUUUCUUAACCUUGAUUGUGGUUCUUACGGUGAUUACUACAUUAAAUGUAACGAGGAUUUCAUGGAUGUUGAUCAUGCAAGUUUGCAAGUGUUUUUUGAUAGUACAAAUAUUCCUGCUGGAGUUGAGGUUUCUAUCCCACUGCUCCCGGAGUUUGCUGAACAUACAAGAAACACAGAAACUGGGCAUAAUCCAUUGGAUGAAGAGGCUCCAGUGAAGUUAGAACCUGUGUAUACCUAUGAGCUGGGUUCAUUUGCAUCUUCAAGCUCCGGGGAACCUGCUUUUCCCAGAAUGGAGCCAGCUCCUGUGCUUGAUUUAAAUUUUUUGGCACAAGAGAAUACUUCCGGUCACCCUGCUGGUCUGGAUAUGAAUUUACCAUUGCCGGUUCUUCCAACUCUUCAAAGCCAGAUUGAUUUUGCUACUUCUCAAUCUCAGCAGCUUCUGCAAUCAGAUGAAGUGAUGCUCGCUGUUGGAGCUGGGGCAUCUUUUAUGGGACACUUGACAGUUGCCGAUUUAGAAAAUCAACUUGGUGGUAGUAGUAGCGGAAGUAAUCAACCUCCUGAGUUAGCAUCUCCAUUGUCUUGGUUGGACCAGCCUCUGCAUACUGAACAACUUUCUGCGCUCGAGAUCUAUACCAUUGAAACAAGUUUUUUCGACUCAUUUAAUAUAGUAGGUAACUCUCUUGAAGGAGAAAGGGACACUCCUUCGGCCGAGAAUUCUCCCAGAAUCCAGACGAAUGUGGAUGAGGCUGAUUUAUUGAGGAAAUUUCAACAAUUCAAACAGUUUGACAUAGUUGAAGACCAUUCAGACCAUUACUACACCUCUCGGGAUGAUUCAGCAAAGCAGUCAUCAAAAACUUGGGCGAAGAGAGUCCAGGAGGAGUGGAGAAUCCUGGAGAACAAUUUGCCAGAGACCAUACUUGUCAGGGUUUACGAAUCUAGGAUGGAUCUUAUGAGAGCUGUAAUAGUUGGAGCUGAGGGUACUCCCUACCAUGAUGGACUCUUCUUCUUCGAUGUUUUCUUCCCCCCUGACUAUCCCUAUUCUCCACCAUCUCUUCACUACCACUCCGGUGGCUAUCGACUGAAUCCAAAUCUGUACGAGUGUGGGAAAGUAUGUCUCAGUCUUCUUAACACCUGGUCUGGUAGGAAGAAUGAGAAGUGGAUCCCUGGUGUAUCCACAAUGCUGCAGGUUUUCGUGUCAAUACAAGCACUGAUCUUGAAUCAAGAUCCCUUCUUUAAUGAGCCUGGUUUUGAAAUCAUACGUGGCUCCAAACAAGGUGAAAUGCAAUCUCAGGAUUACAAUGAAGCAAUUUUUAUCUUAUCAGUGAAGACGAUGGCUUUUCUCGUUAGGAAACAGCCAAAGAAUUUUGAGGACUUCAUCGUGGGACAUUUUUACACCCAUGCUCAUGAUAUUCUGGCAGCAUGUAAAGCAUACACUGAAGGUGCUCCUUUAGGGUCUAUUGUCCAAGGUGGGAUUCAGGAUGUUGACGCAGGUGGCAUGCCUCCCUCAAAUCAUUUUAAGGAAUGUGUUGCCAAGCAAAUUGUUGUGCUUGUGGCUGAAUUCACUGCACUUGGUGUCGAGGACUGCGAUAAAUUUGCUAAGCCUGCAAAUGUGGGUAAUGGUCAUGUGCAUCCUGACCUAAACCUAAGCCUGUAA